AUUCAGCGCGAUCCCAACAGGGGCCUAGUAACCUUAUUCGCCCUUUUCUCCCGUAGUUUACAAAGGAUAAAUGAAGCAAGUUUAGUUUUGCCGUCUGAGAAGGAGCUUUGUCGGUACCGAAAUGUCGCGUUUCCUUCAUUAUUGUGUUUGUAUUUCUUUCCAAGACCUUUCUUUGUUUCUGUCCUGUGAUGCGAUAGUCUGGAGGACCUGGAAGGAAAUUAGCCACUAAAAUUCCCCUUUGCGACAGACAGCUAAGAAUUCUGAUAGGAAGCGCAGUCAGAAAUCGAUAUAUAUUCCAUCCUAAUCAUUGGCCUUCGGAAGUUGAAUCAGGCCGACGCAUUCCCCAAGACUCCCCAGUUAGUUUGAUGCCCUAGCGCUGCAGGCUCUUGCACAAUAAAAAUGUAAUUGUAUAUGUGUGUGCGCGUCUUCCCGGGCUUCCGUUCAAAGCAGUACGAUGAUUUGACUCAGUGUGAAGGCCGAGCGAUUGGCAGCAAGACACGGCGAGUUUUCUGUGUAAAAAAGGGGAGAAGCUGCCAACAGAAACCAACAGACAGUACAUGUUUUUGUAAUCGUGACAUCGUAAGCUGAUGAUAAGACUUUAUUUUCUAGUUUGCAAUAACGUGGACUGUAACAAAAUCUCACAGAAACGAGUUUAUAUCACGCUUCCAUUGGCACGGAACGACACGCGUAUGUACUAUAUAAAAUUCCCUUUUUUGAAGACUACCUGCACUGCUGUUAUUUUUCUCUCUGCCUCGUCUGUUUGGCAAUAUCUGUGUUAUUUAUAAUUAAGGCAGAUUUUAUCUAAAGGGACACAGUUUGCUGGAAAAUAAAUGGUAAUACGAAGGAUGUUGAAUGACUAGCCCCUAUGAUGACAAGAGGAGGACCAACAUUCCAACAUUCCAAGAACGGGAGAAUGGAGGCUGAGAGUGGAAUAAGAGAGCAAAGCGAUCCACUUGUAAUGAAGGACGGCGUGUUGAAAAGGGGCGUGUCGAAAAAGGGCGUGGCUUCAUCACAUCUUGUUCCUCCCGAUGGUGGCUGGGGCUGGUUUGUGUCACUUGGCACCACUGCAUGCGCGAUGAUUCUCUCCACGCAAGGCCCCUGCUUCGGCAUCCUUUUCGGCCCCAAACUCCGCGAAAUGAACGCCCCCCCUUCUCUCGCGGCUUGGCUCUUCAACUGCCAAUCCAUGGUGUGGAAUCUUGCAGGUCCUUGGUCAGGACCUCUUAGUUCAAGGUUCUCCUACAGGAAGGUGGCUGUGACAGCGGCUCUCAUGUCUGCCUCUUCUCUCUUCCUUUCUGCGCUCGUCUCCUCGCCGUACCUCCUCUUGCUGACAUUUUCUCUUCUUCAUGGAAUCGGCGGCGGGAUAAACAUUACCUGUUGCUUUCACAUGAUAGCGAAGUACUUCAAGAAACGCUUAGGAAUCGCCAACAGCAUUAUGAUGACGGGAGGCUCAGUGGGCAUUAUUCUUUUGCCUCAACUCGCAUCCCGUCUCCAGGAAUACUACCCGUUCACCUGGGCAACCCUAAUUACAGGCGCAGUGACGCUACAUGCUGCCGUGGGAUCUCUCUUGUUCCAGCCGGUGGAGUGGCACUUGAAGGAGGAAAACAGUGGUCCCGAAGUGCCACCUCACAUGGAGAAGCUUCUCCUCGAACCAGGGACGAAGAACUCCAAAGGCGACGAGUUUCGGCGAGGGUCCUCCGUUCCCUCGGGCCUCAUGCUACACGACAACCGCGGCUCUCACCCGGGCAUUCCGAGAAGAACCCGGGCCUACAGCGAGUGCGCCCGCCAGGACCCGCCCGAGAGGGAGAUGGGCAAGUUUCCUUCCCUGACUUUCGGGGGGAGCUCCCUGAUGGCGAGCGUCCACACGUUGUCUGAGCGAGCACCUUCGAGGGAUUCUCUUGCGAACAUGGAGGACUCGGCAGGAGUGUGGCAGCAGUUUAAGAACCACUACAAGCCUUCGGUUCUGAAGGAUCCUUUAGUCAUUUCUGUGGCAGUAGUGAAUUGCAUCACCAUGGUCGCUGCGCUAAAUGUUUUUAGCACGAUUCCCUUCGUGUUGGACGAGGCUGGCUACUCGCUGCAGGAGUCGGCGACAGUCAUGUCAUCGGCGGCGAUCUUCGACCUCGUGACCCGAAUGGCCGGCGCCGCCAUCACCGACCUCCCACACUUCAGGCCCAGAGCAGUGUUUGGCUUCGCGCAGCUCGUCUACGUGGUAACGCCCUACGUGUUAUUGGCGUGGACAGACGAGUGGCUGGUCGUAAUGGCUUGUGCCGGAGCCUUCGGGAUGGGCCUCGGCUGCCUGUAUUUACUCGACGUCCUCCUCAUGGUGCGACUCCUCGGGGUGGAGAGGCUGCAGUCAGUCCUUGGAGUGAGUCAGCUUCUUCGCUCUGUGGCCUUUAUAUUCAUAGGUCCUGUGGGAGGGUCCAUUCGCGAAGCCUCGGGGAACUACUGGGCAACACUAGCCUUCUACUCUAGUUCCAUGCUGGUUGGCUUUGUUAUUAUGGUCAUCACGGCUCUAACCCACCGGCCGAAACCCGACCUAGAGGAAGAUGAUGAAUUCUAACCAUUGGCAACCAUAGGCAUGCUAUCAUCUGGGAGAAGAUACUAUGGACAUCCCCCCAGCAGUGCCCUGUGUCUCUCUGUCGCCCGCCCUGGCCCUAUCACAGCUUAACCUUGACUUUCCACUUAGCCUUGACUCAUUAUUCAAGUUAUCAUGAGAAAACGACAGUAUCGAGGCGGUUCCUGAGUUCGAAAUACAAAGCUAGUGUAGAAAGGUAAAGUAUAUUACCGUGUAAUCGGCGGUGGAUAUAAGCGUUCGUUUUACAAGUGCACAUUUUCAUAAGUGUGCUGUCAAGUCUUGGAGAAAAUAUAUACCUGAAUCAUAGCCUGCUAUCUCCGACACUCUGAUAAAAUGGUCUCGUCUGUUUAUUUUAUUUAUUUAUCUUUAUAAUGCAUUUCUUUGUUAAGAAUUCUACAUGUCUUCCAAGCGACAUAAAUGCGAAUGGGAUACACAAAUAAAGGGGAAUCAAAGGAGUGAAAAGGAGAAAAAUGUCACAGGGCUUAACUAAUAAUAGAUAAUGCCAGAUUAAAAAUGGACAAAUAUAUGAUACUGAGAGAAAAAAUGAGUAUCACGACGUUGCGAUAAAGCGAUAAAGACACAUACUCGUAAUACAAGAUAAAAACGAUGAGGAAAAAAGAGCUACGAACCCAUAGUGUUUUUUUAUAUCAACUUGUCAUCGGGUGGAAAAACAUAGAUAUAUACUCCGAGAGUUGUAUUAUUUAAAUUCAAAGCCUGUCAAACAGGAGUGACAAAUCGUAGAUGUAAAUUGUAAGUAUGAAAAUCCAAGCCAAAUUAAACUGGUAUCUUUAUAGAUUAUUUUAUAACUAUUGCCAUGAUCCCGUUUUGCACAGUGUUAUAAUGAACCUAUCUGUUAACAUUAUAAAGAAAUGGAAAAUUUGAGAUAUCACUGAAUAAGUGUUAUGUUGAUAUUUUAACAUGAAAAAAAUGAGUGUACAAGUCACUAAUAAAAUGAAACAUUUUAAUGAAAGUCUUUAUAAUACAAUAAAAUAUUCUGUAAUCAAGGAAAAUAAGUUUAAGGACGAGUAGCAGUGGUAUUAUUUUCGUUAAUAAAAAGGUGGUUGGUGAUAAUAAACGAUUAGUAAUCCAAUAUGAUAAUACCCGCAAUAUAGAUUUUUACUUUAUAAUGAUACGAAUAAAGCAAUUGGUGCUUUAACUUCUUCAUCGAAAACUUCUGAUACUCAACGUAACUAAUGAUGGUAAUGGGUGUUGCCAAUAAGAUAAUGGAUAAUGGUGUUAGCAACAACGAUAACAGAGACGAAAAAAUCACAAUCGUGAUAUGAGUAAUCAUAUUUAUAAAUGGCAAAAGCGAUAUAACCUUGCUGAUUUCUUGUAGCAUUUCGAAACAAAGCAGGAACCAAUAGCCCCAUUUUGUAUAUAAGAAUCGAGCGUAGAGGAGUACCUGUCUUGGAGGUCGAGGACUCGAUGGUCUCCUCCCAGCUGGUUGAGGAAUAGGUUUGGCUCGAGGAGACUGAGUCCGUGGACGAUAACCCUAAAUCCCAAGCUCAAGGGCAUACUCUCUCUUGAACGUAUAUCCGGCGUUCAAAGCCGCUCUGUUGCUCUUUUGUACCCUGUCACGUGUUCAAGCGGUUCUAUCGUCUGUGG